AUGAACUGUAAUCCCCAUCUACUGUAGAGGUUCAUGGUUGGGUAGGUUCAGGAGGGCAGCAGUUGGGAAAAAAAGAGAGAUAUUAACGCUUUACGGUUAUUAUUCUGCUAGUUUAGUCACACAAAAUGGAUAAUACCGGCAAGGAGAAAGAAGCAGUACAGCUCAUGGCUGACGCCGAUAAGAAAGUGAAGUCCUCCGGCUCUUUUUUAGGAGGAAUGUUCGGAGGGAAUCACAAAUUAGAGGAGGCAUGUGAAAUGUACGCCAGAGCAGCCAACAUGUUCAAGAUGGCAAAAAACUGGACGGCUGCAGGAAAUGCGUUCUGCCAGGCAGCCAGACUACACAUGCAGCUCCAGAACAAACACGAUUCAGCCACCAGCUUUGUUGAUGCCGGAAAUGCUUUCAAGAAGGCUGAUCCACAGGAGGCUAUCAACUGCUUAAAUGCAGCCAUCGAUAUUUACACAGAUAUGGGGAGAUUCACUAUUGCAGCCAAACACCAUAUCACAAUUGCUGAGGUGUACGAGUCAGAGCUGGUGGACAUUGAGAAGGCAAUUGCUCAUUAUGAACAAGCUGCAGAUUAUUACAAAGGCGAGGAGUCGAACAGUUCUGCAAACAAGUGUCUCCUGAAGGUUGCGUCAUACAGCGCACAGCUGGAACAGUAUCAGAAGGCCAUUGAGAUCUAUGAACAGGUUGGAACAAACACCAUGGACAACCUACUGAAAUACAGUGCCAAGGAGUAUUUCUUCAAAGCUUCUUUAUGUCACUUUAUUGUAGAUGAACUGAAUGCAAAGCUUGCUGUUGAGAAGUACGAGGAAAUGUUUCCAGCAUUCACUGAUUCAAGAGAGUGCAAACUUCUGAAGAAACUCCUGGAAGCCUACGAGGAGCAGAACGCAGAGGCUUUUACAGAAGCGGUGAAGGAGUUCGACUCUAUCUCACGUCUGGACCAGUGGCUUACCACUAUGCUUUUGCGCAUCAAGAAAACCAUUCAGGGUGAAGAGGGGGAUUUGAAGUGAGAUGACAAGUUAUGGGGAAACAAUCUAAGGCAUGCCACCCCCUCCCCAAAGCGUUUCAUUUCAUUCUUGUGCAAUUGCCAAGUCCAGGUUUUCUGACUACAGUAUGUCCAAUUUAUUGCUGCACCAUUUAUAGAGAAUGUACAAACCUACGCACUGAGUUAUAAAUUUUAUUUUUAAUAUAAUUACAUUUUUGGAUGGCUGCAUCUAAGGAACACUGUUUUCACACCACUGUGAAUGGGUAGUUCAGUAUGUAAGGAACAUCAUGGAUAAAAGAGGGAUGUGAGAACUUGAUCUCUGCUGGAGUUUAGAGGGCUAGUGCUGCAUGAUGUGUAGAUGUAAAUCUCUUGGAUAUGACUAUCGGUAAUUUUUUUCUUUGGGGGUUGAUUUAUCUGUCUUUGAUGUCUUUUAGAAAGAGCUUCUGUUACUGUAUAUGAUUUUACCAUUAAACUUUGUCCAUCCUUUAAUUUACCUUUUAAUAAAUCCUUUCAUUUAGGGUUAUUUAUAUUCUUUUUAUUUUUUCCUAAUCUGUCAUGCAUAUUUGCAGUGAAUGGGUUGGGUCUUCCAGUCCAAGUUUUUGCUCAUACUUUGUUUGCAUAUUCAAACUAUAAAAAGUUUGAAAUCCCAGUAUCUCGUCAGUGCCGCGCGUGUCGUUUUUGUGAAACAAUAGUUCAUGCAGCACUUCAGCUAGUGCAUUCUCCAUACUGAAAGUAUUUAGCAGCGCAUGUCACUGUGUAUUAGUGUUUUUGAUGUUCAGUAUCUCUGUAUGUACAAUUUUCAACAAAAAAAAAAGCCAUCAGAAAAGUGACCUACAUGCGUAUCUAGGUUCUUUCUAACAGAGUUGUUGAUGUCUUAACUUGCAGAAUGGAUCUAUGACUGUACAGGAAUAAAAGACCAAUAUUAUACACGAA